CAUUAUGCAACUUUUGAAAAGAGAAAAAAUGGCAAGGCCAACAAGAUGGAGUCCAACACCAAAACAACUUAUGUUCUUAGAAGAAAUGUAUAGGAAAGGUUUAAGAAAUCCAAAUGCUAUACAAAUACAAAGUAUCACUUCCCAUUUAUCUUCUUUUGGGAAAAUUGAAGGGAAAAAUGUGUUUUAUUGGUUUCAAAACCAUAAAGCUAGGGAUAGACAAAAGCUUAAGAAAAAACUUCUUGCACAAAUGAACCAACAACAAAUAUUAGCUCAAUAUCCUAUUGAUGCUCAUAGUACCACUACCACUAGCAACUCCAAUAAUAACACAUACACAAAUACCCUCUUUCAUUGCCCUACUGAUCAAUACCAAAUUUGCCCUUUAACAUCUACUGGACUUCUUCAAGAGGGUGGAAUCAAAGAAGCAUCAUCUCAAGUAAUGACUUAUUUAUAUCCAAUGGAUCUCUCAAGACCAGCUGAUGAGAAUAUGGAAAAUUGCAUGAUAAGACCCUAUGGAAAAGAUUGGAUCUUGAUGAUGAAUGUAACUCCUAAUAAUUUACCAUGUUAUGUCAAUAGACCCCUCAAAACCCUACCACUUUUUCCCAUAACUACAACCGAUGGCCUCAAAGACCAAACAACAUCCUCCACUAGUUAUUAUAACUACAAACGAUGACGUUUGGACAACUAAUUAUUAUAAUACGGAAAAAAGAAGAAAACAGAAAGUCUUUUUUUUCCAAAGGGUCAUACACCAACAUUUGGUGAAUAUUUAGAUAAUGGAUGGAAAUCAUCAGGUGGCACUGUGCUAUCUCUUCAUAUUCUUCUUGGUUUGGCUCAAAAUUUCUCCCAAGUUGAUGAUUUUCUGGAAAAUGAACAAGACCUUAUAUACUAUUCCUCCCUUAUAAUCUGACUUUGCAACGACCUUGGGACUUCAACCGCUGAACUGGAAAGAGGUGAUGUGUCUUCAUCUAUCUUGUGUUAAAUGAGAAAAUCAAAUGUAAAGGAAGAUGUAGCAAGGGAUCAUAUCAAAGAGAUGGUGAUGGAAACAUGGAAGAAAAUGAACAAACAUUGUUUAGAGAAUUCAUCACCAUUAAUAAAGUAUUUUCAGUUCCUAGGUAUUUUUCGCAUGUUUUGGGUUGUUGACUAGACUUUUGCUGGGUUUAUGGGGACUCAACCCUAUUUUUCUUCAAUUAAGCUACUUUCACAUCUUUACACUUCCGUAUCUAGUGAAUGUUGAUAGUUGGGCUGUAUAAAUGGUUCUCCCA